AAUAUUUAUUUAUUACUCACUCUCACCCCACUCUCUCCAAACAAAAUCACACCUGUCACCCCCUCCAUCAUCUUCCUUCCCUUUCUCUUGGAGUUUUGAUUAAAGAUGGUGAUGUUCAAGGUUUCCCGUGUCGAGACUACUCCGUUUGAUGGGCAGAAGCCUGGAACUUCUGGUCUUCGGAAGAAGGUUAAGGUCUUCGUGCAACCCCAUUACUUGGAAAAUUUUGUUCAAUCCACGUUUAAUGCCCUUGGAGCUGAUAAAGUAACAGGUGCAACUCUUGUUGUCUCUGGUGAUGGCCGUUACUAUUCAAAGGAUGCUAUCCAGAUCAUUAUUAAAAUGGCUGCUGCUAAUGGAGUGAGGCGUAUCUGGGUUGGUCAGAAUGGAUUGCUGUCUACUCCUGCUGUAUCUGCCGUUAUACGUGAAAGAGUAGGCGCAGAUGGAUCCAAGGCAACUGGGGCAUUUAUUCUUACAGCAAGCCACAACCCAGGGGGCCCCACUGAGGAUUUUGGAAUAAAAUAUAACAUGGAAAAUGGUGGACCUGCACCAGAAGGAAUCACAGAUAAGAUAUACUCGAACACCACUACGAUUAAGGAAUACUUGAUUGCAGAAGGCCUGCCAGAUGUGGACAUCUCUAUCACAGGCGUAACUAGCUUUGCGGGUCCUGAGGGGCAGUUUGAUGUUGAUGUUUUUGAUUCAGCAAGUGAUUAUGUCAAAUUGAUGAAGUCCAUUUUUGAUUUCCAAGCUAUCCAGAAGUUAAUAUCAUCUCCAAAAUUUAGUUUCUGUUAUGACGCACUCCAUGGAGUUGGUGGUGCUUAUGCUAAACCUAUAUUCGUUGACGAGCUAGGUGCACAAGAAAGCUCUUUGCUGAAUUGUGUACCCAAGGAAGAUUUCGGUGGGGGCCACCCUGAUCCCAAUCUGACCUAUGCAAAAGAAUUAGUUGCUCGCAUGGGAUUGGGUAAGACAAGCACUGAAGAGCCACCUGAAUUCGGUGCUGCUGCUGAUGGAGAUGCAGACCGUAACAUGGUCCUUGGCAAAAGGUUUUUCGUCACUCCCUCUGAUUCUGUUGCUAUAAUAGCUGCGAAUGCUGUCCAAUCGAUCCCUUACUUUUCUGGUGGACUAAAAGGAGUUGCAAGGAGCAUGCCCACAUCAGCUGCUCUAGAUGUUGUAGCCAAAAACCUGAAUCUAAAAUUCUUUGAGGUGCCCACUGGCUGGAAAUUCUUUGGCAACUUGAUGGAUGCCGGAAUGUGUUCUGUUUGUGGUGAAGAAAGUUUCGGAACUGGCUCAGACCACAUUCGUGAAAAAGAUGGAAUAUGGGCUGUUUUGGCAUGGUUAUCCAUUCUUGCCUAUAAGAACAAAGACAAUCUUGGGGGAGAGAAACUUGUCAGUGUGGAAGACAUUGUUCGUCAGCAUUGGUCCACAUACGGGCGCCAUUAUUACACUCGAUAUGAUUACGAGAAUGUUGAUGCAGCUAGUGCAAAGGAACUUAUGGCCUAUCUGGUCAAGCUGGAAUCCUCCCUUUCUGAAGUUAACGACAUUAUAAAGGGAAUCCGUUCAGAUGUGUCAAAGGUUGUCCAUGCUGAUGAAUUUGAGUACAAAGAUCCUGUUGACGGUUCCAUUUCAAAGCAUCAGGGCAUCAGAUAUCUGUUUGAAGAUGGAUCCCGAUUGGUUUUCCGUCUUUCUGGAACUGGGUCGGAGGGUGCCACCAUCCGUCUUUACAUAGAGCAAUACGAACAGGAUCCUUCGAAGAUUGGGAGAGAGUCGCAAGACGCACUUGCUCCUUUGGUUGAGGUUGCGCUGAAGCUUUCUAAGAUGCAAGAGUUCACCGGCCGAUCUGCUCCAACCGUUAUUACAUAAUUUUGAAGUUAUUGGUGUGACGAUGAAAAUGUUGACAUAAUUUUGCUCCGAAAAAAAAUAAAAAAUAAACUGGGGCGAGGUGAUCUUAUCAUCUCUUCAGCUCUUGUGUCUGGUGGUAGCCAUUUUAUGGAGGUAAUAUUUUCAGAACACUCUUUCUUUACUUAUGUUUACUUGGGGCUUAAUUUUUAGGCUCUUGAGAAUGUAUUAAGUAUUCGCCAUGUGACCCACACAAAGGUAUAAUAUAUAUAACAUAUGGCUUGUAUCGUAUUUUCGGUUUAUUG